AUAAGUGUUUAAUUAUCAAAUAUUGAUCGAGAAUUUAAAUUUAAUUAAAAAAUAUACCGAUUUUCAAACAACUACUUAAAACUGUGGAUAGUAUUUCAUAUUCAUUGUUAUUUUCGAUAAUAACAUUUAAAAUGUGGACUGUAAUACUUAUUAUCUCACUGUUAAAAGUCAUAGAUGCGGCUAAUGGGCUUGAUGCUUUUCAUCAGAAAUAUAAGUUAUUGAAUGAUGGUAACGUAAUACCUGCUUUAGCCUUUGGUACAUGGGCAAAUACAAGUGAUUUACAUAAAGUAAUUCCAUCUGUAAUAUAUGCAAUAGAAGUCGGAUACAGAAAUCUGGAUACUGCUCAUCUAUAUGGGAAUGAGCACUUAAUUGGAGAAGCUCUAUCCAUUGUUUUUGAAAGAGGCUUAGUUCGGAGGGAAGAUAUCUUUAUAACAACAAAGUUGGACGUCUCUGUACCAAGCCGAGAAAUGGUGAUACCAUCACUUCAGAAGAAUUUAUGGAGAUUGAAGCUGGAUUACGUGGAUCUUUUCCUCAUCCACACACCGUACAAUACGUUUAAUUACCCAAAUUACGACAUCCUGGACAUUUGGAGAGGUAUGGAGGACGCCAAAAAGCUUGGCUUGACGAAGUCCAUCGGUAUCUCUAAUUUCAACAGCACUCACGUCAACAGAAUACUAAAAUAUGGAAAAAUAAGACCAGCUGUCAAUGAAAUAGAGGUAAAUCCUACUAGAACACAGCUGGAUUUAGUAGCAUAUACCCAAAGUCAGGGUAUUACUGUAAUGUCAUAUGCGCCUUUCGGAUACCUUGUACCACGCAUGUCAAAUGAAUUUGUGCCGCCAACUUUUGGAGAUCCUACCCUGGUGAAGAUAGCCAGGAAAUACGGAAAAGAUACUAGCCAAGUAGUUCUACGUUAUUUGAUGGAUAGAGAUACAAUACCCAUACCAAGAUCACAUAACCCAUUACAUAUAUCGACGAACGCGGAUCUAUUCGACUUUAGUAUUACCCAAGAAGAAGUAUACGCUAUAAAUGAGUUUAACAAAAAUCUACCAGCUUAUGGAAGUGGCGAAGGAUUUACCAGGCUGAUUCGCCAAGCAUACAAUGCUUUAUUGCAGACUAUGGCUUUGCUGUACAAAUAAGUACAAUGUUUACAAAUAAUUCUAACGAACUGACUUCAAAAAAGAUGAGGUCCUUAACCAUAUAUUUUUGAAGUCGAUUAAGACAUGAA